UUAGAAUCAGAGUAUAUAAAGUGUCGAACUAUCCUGAGACAUGUAUUAAGCUCAGGCGCUGUUUCUGUCCUCAUGGCAAAAUAUGGCAUCCUCCCUUCUCUUAUGUCUCUGCUACUGUGUGCUACCUUCGGGUCUGUUCUGUCUGCAAAUUCACCCAACAUCUCCACUGACCAAGCUUCCCUUUUAACCCUAAAAUCCCAUAUAACUCACGAUCCCCACAACCUCCUAGCAACCAACUGGUCCACUUCUAUCUCUAUUUGCUAUUGGACUGGUGUCACUUGUGGAUCCAGACAUCACAGAGUCAUUGCUCUGAAUUUGUCGAGUAUGGAUCUCACAGGCACCAUCCCAUCUCGCUUGGGAAAUUUAUCUUUCCUUUCCUCGCUCGACCUUCAGCACAAUAGUUUCCAUGGCUCUUUACCUACUGAGUUGAGUAAUUGGCAACGUCUGAAAUAUUUGAACUUCGGUAACAAUAGCUUCAGCGGAGAAAUCCCAUCAUGGUUUGGUUACUUCCCUCAACUGCAAAUCUUGUUGUUGUACAUGAACAACUUCACUGGUGUUAUCCCAUCUACUUUGGGCAAUUUGUCAAAAUUGGAAUGGUUAAUUCUGGAUUAUAAUUCUUUCUCAGGUGAAAUUCCAUCAGUUAUUGGAAAUCUUACUUCUCUUAGAAAGAUCGACCUUUCUGAAAACUACUUACAAGGUUCUAUUCCUUAUUCAAUCUUCAACAUUUCCUCGUUGCAGCAUAUUUCACUGGCAUACAACAAUCUCUCUGGUUAUCUCUCCUCCAAUAUGUUUGAUCAUCUUCCUCGAUUAUAUUAUCUUAAUUUGGAAUUCUGUCAACUUUCCGGAAGAGUUCCAUUGAGUUUAUUCAAAUGCAAAGAGUUGAACUUUUUGUUUUUGGAUAGUAACUAUUUGGAGGGAAUUAUUCCAAUAGAGAUCUCAAAUUUGACUUCACUCAAGUAUAUCUCUAUCGAACGAAACUACUUAUCAGGAAAAAUUCCAUCAGUUAUUGGAAACUGGACUUUUCUCGAGGAAUUUGAACUUUCUGAUAACAACUUAACAGGCCCAAUCCCUUCCUCAUUAUGCAAUCUGAGUUCCCUUAAGGUUCUCUUUUUAUACAAGAAUAGUUUGGAUGGAGAAAUCCCAGAAUGCAUUGGAAACAUGAGUUCUCUUUCACAUAUAAACCUAGAGAAGAAUAAUUUUCAUGGUAAAAUACCAGAAAAUUUUGAUAGAGGUUGCUCAUUACACAGUUUUCGAAUCAGCAGCAACCAAGUAGAUGGGUCACUACCACGAUCAUUGGGUAAUUGCAAAGAGUUGAAGCUUCUCGAUGUUGGAAACAACUAUUUGAAUGACACAUUCCCAAAGUGGUUGGGAAAUUUGGAUCAACUACAAGUUCUUAUCCUGAGAUCGAACAGAUUCUAUGGUGAAGUGGUGAGCUCAGGAGUUACAGUUUCCUUCACUCGUUUACGUCUCAUUGAUAUUUCUCAUAACAACUUCAGUGGCUAUUUACCAGGGAAGUUUUUUGAAAAUUUGCAUGCCAUUAGAGAAGCGAAUGAAAAGAAAGAAAAACCAGAGUACAUGACGGACGGAUCAGCAGUUGGAGUGUGGAAUUAUGCCAUUGGUUUAUCUUUUACAUUUAAAGGGUCGGAAUUUGAGUUUGAUGAACUGCUAACCAUAUGGACAGCUAUUGAUUUUUCGAACAAUCAGUUCUACGGGGAAAUUCCUAAGACAUUAGGAGAGCUUCACUCACUUAUUGUCCUGAACCUCUCUCAUAAUUGUUUAACAGGUCAUAUUCCAUCAUCACUAGGUGAUAUAUCCGAGCUUGAAUCAUUGGAUCUCUCAUCAAACAAACUCCAUGGAAGAAUUCCGAUAGAGUUGAACAAUCUUAAGUUCUUAGCAGUGUUAAAUUUUUCUAAGAAUAAUCUCACGGGACCCAUUCCUCAAGGCAAACAGUUUGAUACUUUCACAAAUGAUUCCUACAUAGGAAACUUGGGUUUAUGCGGGAUUUCAUUAUCAAAAAGCUGUAACAAUGAUGAGGCAACUCCAACCAAAUUUGAAAGUGAUGACGAUGAUGAUGGAUUGAAUUGGAAAUUUUCAAUAUUGAUGGGGUAUGGAUGUGGGUUGGUACUGGGACUGAGUACGGGAUACAUUGUAUUUGCAACUGGAAGACCAUUGUGGUUCAUUAGGAUCUACGAAAGAGUUCGACAAAGAUCUUCGAAAAAGGUAAAAAAGAGAAGUCGUUGACAGAUUUUUGUUGCAAAACAAGCGGUGGACAGAGCAGAAAACCUCAAUGCAUGGUGGUAGGCAGACCCUUUUCUAUAGAUGUUUUUUAUAUAUGCCGCGUGGGUGCUUUUUUUGUAUGUAUUAUGUUUUCCUGCAUCCUCUACAAUGGCAGCGUUCCCUUGAGUAUUUCUAUCUUGUAAUGACUAUCUUAAUAGGAAAACGAUGUUAAAUUAUGCCAAUUCAAAGGGAAA